AUGGAGCCUUGUUCGGUGCGUUUAUCAGGCAACCGACCUUGUUCUGAUCGAAUUGUUAAAGCUCAAAUCAAACGUGUGGUGAUAGGCGUACGAGAACCACCCCAUCUGGUAUCGUGCGAGGGUAUUCAGUUAUUACAACAGCACGGCAUCCAAGUAUUUAUUGUGCCCGAUGUGCAAGAAGCCUGUUUGGCUCCUAACAAGCAUAUAUUACAGCAAUAA